UGUCAAGUUUAGUGACUUUUGUUGCACAGGUCCUCCUCCCUGCUGCAUGCAGAGCCUGCUGGGGAGGCUUGGGUGGGGCGUUCAAGGUGUGUCCGGAUUAUUGACAGACAGCCAGCAGCGAGGGAGCGAGUGUACGCAAAAGGUGCUUAUGGAAUCGUAGGAGAAACAGCAGGACUCUUUUGGCAAACUGUUCAACUCCAAAUCGACACCUGGACGCUUCUUUUUCUUUUUGUGUGGUGGAGGGCUGCCCUUUGCUUCGCGUCAAGUGGGCAAAGCGCAAUUUCUUCGAAAAAAAAAAAGAUGGCGAAGGCUAUCAUUUUCAUCGCAUGUAUGACGCUGAUCCUAGCCGGUGUUGAGUCCUGCAAUGUCCCGGCGGUUCUUCACGUCAUGGUGCCUCAAAGUAUCCCACUCGGAUUCGAGUUAACAAGAAUCAAUGUUGCGGACUGUGACAGCGUCACUUCCAGCAACCGCACUUUCGCGGUCUGGUCCAACGGGUCAGUGACGGCUAUGGCACCCGUCACUAUUCCGCUCAAAGGCCAGUCUUUUUCCGUCCUGGUCCAGGACAACAAUGGAUUACUUUGGCGAAUGGAAGUCUUGUUGAUGAGACAGCCCACUGAAGUACUGAAAAGGUACAAAAGACGCUGGAGCCCCCCACCCUUCCACAUCCUGGAGAACGAGCAGGGUCCAAGAGACAUUGAUAGGCUUGUGUCCGACUCUGAAGCCAGACAUCAGGUGUACUACACCCUCACGGGCCCUGGUUUCGACAAGCACCCAGCGGGAGUGUUCAAGUUUGACGGCUUGUCUGGAAUGUUGACUCUGCUUAAGGCGGUUGAUCGCGAGGAGUACCCGCAGUUUAUUUUAACAGCCAGAGUGUUCGACAGAACAACACACGCGCAAACUGAUUUACCUUUACCUAUCAUCAUCCACGUAGAUGACGUAAACGACAAUGCGCCACAGUUUCAAGGCUCAAUGCAGAUGACUGUGCUCGAACAGAGCAAAGCAGGAACAUCGCUUGGGAAGGUUAACACUACAGACAGAGACCAAGAAGGCACCGACCAUGUGAAGAUCCGCUAUUCCCUUUUGACAGGAUUAGAUAAAUUUGCCAUCAACCCUGAGACGGGUGAGCUUACAGUGGUUACCAACGCAUUGGACAGAGAGACUCAAGACAAGUAUGACGUGACAGUGCAGAUUAAGGAUCGGGACGGCAAAGACUCCGGUUUGAUCACCACAGGCACCGCGACCAUCAUUGUUGGCGACAUCAACGACAACCCACCGACCUUCACAAAGUCAUCAUUUCAAGGCACAGUGAAGGAGAAUGAAUUUGACAAACUUCUCCUCCGAAUUCCUGUUGAAGAUAAGGAUUUAAAAGACUCACCGAACUGGAAGUCAAAAUUUGUGAUCACUAAGGGAAAUGAAAAUAACAAUUUCCAUAUGGCUACAGACGCCAAAACAAACGAGGGGCUUCUUUACGUUGCAAAGCCAUUAGAUUAUGAGAAAACCAAAAAUGUGAGGCUCGAAAUCCAGGCCCGCAAUGAAGUGGAUCUGACCGGCACCUCGGACCAGUGGAGAUCUGUCCCUGUGGACUUGACAGUCACCAACGCCGAUGAAGGCCCAGAAUUCACUGCGCCUACCAUCCGCUUCAUCGUGAAAGAAAACACUCCGAAUGGCACACUCAUCGGAACUUACAAAGCCGUAGAUCCCGAAACAAAGAGCAGCGAUGGAAUCAAGUAUUACAAGGUCACAGACCCCGCUGCCUGGAUCAACGUGGACAGGAACACUGGAGAGCUGAGAGUUGCAAACACCAUCGACAGAGAAUCUCAUUUUGUCAAGGAUGGAGUUUACAACAUAACCAUGAGAGCUGUCGAUGCAAGUUCCAAGACUGGCACAGGGACGGUGAUAAUCCAAGUGGAUGAUGAGAAUGACAACAUACCAAUCGUGCCCACCAGUGAGAGGGUGCUGUGUGAAAAGGAAGGAGAACUUGGCUCGGUGCUUGUUGUGGCUGAAGACUUGGACAGGUCUCCAUUUUCGGCACCCUUCACCUUUAGUAUGCCUGCUGACCAUGAUGGAAAAUGGUCUGUGACCAGGUUUAAUGACACAGCAGCUACCUUACAGCAGCUCAAAGAACUUCCUAUUAAGGUGCACAAAGUUCCCGUGGUAAUUAAAGACCUGCAGGGCAAUGGAAAAACACAGAUAGUGAAUGUAAGGAUCUGCCAAUGCAGGAAUGGGGCUUGCUUGACCAAGCCGUGGUCGGCUGCACUCGGCCCGCUGGGUUGGCUGGCAUUGCUGCUGCCUCUGUUGCUUCUUCUGCUGCUAGUGUUGUUGCUCGUCUUUUUCUGUAAAACAAGAGCAGAAAACGUUCAGCUGGAGGACACAGCUGAUAGUGGUGGAAUCCUGAUCAAAUCAAACACGGAGGCGCCAGGGGAAGAAGUGGAUUCAAGUCUCAUCAAGGUCCCCAUCUCUGGCCCUGACAUCAAGGGCUCAGUGUUGAAUCAGGAUUGGCAGGUGAAGAGCUCCAGCACACUCGGACGCCAAGACGCUGGCUUGUACAAGGGUGGCAUUGUUACCACCGACAUGCAAGAGUUCUACUCCGGACAGUACGACAGCCAGUAUGGUACUCAGCAGCUCAACUAUGAUGCAAACUUUCUCAGCACUUGGCAAACAAAUGGACGCUAUUUGCACCAGAAACUCGGCUAUUUCGGAGGGGAGGAGGAUGGUCGAUAUGCGGAUGAUAUCAUCCACCACUACGGCUAUGAGGGGGUGGGCUCAGCCGCCGGCUCAGUGGGCUGCUGCAGCGACGACGGCGACAACGAGAACCUCGAUUUUUUAAACACACUUGGACCGAAGUUCAAACCUCUUGCAGGCAUCUGCAAAAAGACAUGAACAGACAGUAGCAGUGUUUUGCUUUUUUUGGUGCCCAGGAUGCAGUAGGGCCCGGGGGUCCCCAGGGCCUCCCACGCCCAGCUGAACAUGAAUGAAAUGAAAGAAAAGAGUUGUGUGUGCGUUUCCCUGCUGGUUUUGUUGCUUAGUCCUGAGCACUGAUAACAUAUUCGACACUGUCAAAUGUACAUACUAGUUUAUACGCUGACGUGUGCUUUUUUGCAUUCUUGGUUUUGAAGGUUGUUGCUAGCUGAUGCAUUCAAUGUCGUGGCUGGCUUUGGGUAUUUCUGUUUUUAUAAUUUUGUGACAACUUCAGGUAAUUUGGGUUUUACUAAUUCCACGUGUUUAUAGUAAAUGACUUAAAUUGUGCUGUGUUGGUUGGCUAUUUUUGAAGCUGUUUCCCCCAUUUUUUUAAAGAAUUUUGUACUAUUAACACAUAUUAACUAAGAUGAUUAUCAAGUCACCUUAGGGUUGGUUCGUUUAGACUUGUUUUUUGGUACAGUGGUCCGGACCAAAAGUAAAAAGAUACUUUGGUACAGUUUGCUUACCGCUUCACUUUGGUAUUUUUUACCAUAGAGCAUAUUUUCAAAAUUAAGAACUGGGCAGCUUCUGUGACAUAUUACGUGGCAUAAGUCAAACAAUCCAAACCAAAAUGCUGUCUUCUGAGUUUAAUACAUAGGUUAUUUUUAUAUUUUAUAUCUAUAUAUACUGUAGAUUUCACCAAAAGAGCGCAAUUGUCACUUUCAAUGCAUUUUCUGUGGCAUAUUUGUCAUUUCUGUAUGCUGGUAACAUUGGUCUGUGUCAUUGGUCACAUUUGAACCAAACGUGCCGAAGGGGGAUCAUACCCUUAGUGACAUUUGACAGGAAAAUACUUCCUUAGAUUUAAUCUAAUUCAAACUGCAGUCUUAAAACAAAAAUCUUGUUUGUUUCUUCCAAAUUGUACAAUAUUUGUUUGCACAUGCAUUCCAGCCGUGGCCACGUUUAGUGAAUACGGGUGUGGUUGCAGCAGCAGCCGUCAGCAGUUAUUGCAACAUUCUGCUCAACACGUGAAAGUCGGCACAAAGGUGUAAACCCUGCGAAUGAGGCAUGACUGACACAGGACUGACAAGAUGACAGAAAACGAUUAUUUUCACAGAAGUCAUAGGAAAUCUGGUAUUUCCAUAAAUUGACAUUGUCCAUGAAUGUUCUAAUCUAGUACAGUAGAUGUGGAUUAACUUAUUGAACAUUUGACUCCCAACAGGCUGACUGCUCGUUAACUCAUGUAGCGUUUGGAGGAUUGUCCUUGCAGCUGUAAAAUAAAUGUUAA